GUCCGCCUAGGGGCGUCGCCGCGGUCGGUGAGUUGGCGCGCUCUCACUUCCCCCGGAGCCCGCCUCCCUGCGGUUGCGCAGACUCUCUCCUUUAGCGGAAAACGUAUUCCUCUCGCCCACCUGGCGCAAACGCAGUGCUGGACCCGCAGCCGUAAGACAAAGAGACACGUCCCGAUCCGGAGUCAUGGAGGCGACCCAUCAGGGCUUGGCGGCCACUGGGAGCUCCGCGCCGCCGCGGGAGAAAGAGGAAGGAGCCGGCCCGAGCCCAGGCCCGGAGCGUAACUCUGCGGGCUCCUCGUCGAUUCCUGAGGUUCCACCGCCUGAACCCUCCAACGCCAACGCUGUUCCCGAAGCGAUCCCUCCGCCCGUGGCUGCCUCCGCGGGGCCCGCACCCCUGGGGCCCGCGCCGCUUGCUGAAGUCGUCCCGCACUCCUCACCAGGCCCUGGCGGCUCCCGGCCGGGUCCGGAGACGUUCCGCCAGCGUUUCCGACAGUUUCGCUACCGAGACGCAGCGGGCCCGCGAGAGGCGUUUCGGCAGCUGCGGGAGCUCUCUCGCCAGUGGCUGCGACCCGACAUCCGCACGAAGGAGCAGAUCGUGGAGAUGCUGGUGCAAGAGCAGCUGCUCGCCAUCAUGCCCGAGGCGGCGCGGGCCAGGCGGCUUCACCGCCGCACCGAUGUUCGCAUCACCGGCUGAGCGGCGGGCGGCCUGGUCCCGGCGCUCUCAGGACUGGAGCCUCGCUCCCCACUCCACGUUAAUGAAAACGAGCUUUGGCAGCUCUUGUGGUCUGAUGUAGCCCUUUUCGUUCUUUACUGCGUUUAUUUUCCCGAGCGUAUUUCCAACCUUCUUUCUGGUUAGUGGGAGCCCAUGAGAAUAAAGCCUUUGUUUCCUACUCA